CAUUUCGCCCUUCCCUUUAAGACGCACCGCCUCCUCUCUGUCACUCCCAAGAUGGCGGACCUACUGGGCUCCAUCCUGAGCUCCAUGCAAAAGCCACCCAGCCUCGGUGACCAGGAGACUCGGCGCAGGGCCCGAGAGCAGGCUGCCCGCCUGAAGAAACUACAGGAGCAAGACAAACAACAGAAAGUGGAGUUUCGUAAAAGGAUGGAGAAAGAGGUGUCAGAUUUCAUCCAGGACAGUGGGCAGAUCAAGAAAAAGUUUCAGCCGAUGAACAAGAUAGAGAGGAGCAUACUACAUGAUGUGGUGGAAGUAGCUGGCCUGACAUCCUUCUCCUUCGGGGAAGACGAUGACUGUCGCUAUGUCAUGAUCUUCAAAAAGGAGUUUGCACCCUCAGAUGAAGAGCUGGAUUCCUACCGUCAUGGAGAGGAGUGGGACCCCCAGAAGGCUGAAGAGAAACGGAAGCUGAAGGAGCUGGCUCAGCGGCAGGAGGAGGAGGCAGCUCAGCAGGGACCUGUGGUGGUGAGCCCCACCAGUGACUACAAGGACAAGUACAGCCACCUCAUCGGCAAGGGGGCAGCCAAGGAUGCGGCCCAUGUGCUACAGGCCAACAAGACCUAUGGCUGUGUGCCCGUGGCCAACAAGAGGGACACACGCUCCAUUGAAGAAGCCAUGAAUGAGAUCCGAGCCAAGAAGCGUCUGAGGCAGAGCAAGGAAGAGCUGCCACCUACCUCCUAGGCACCCCAGCUCCCUGGGGUAGGGUAGGGGGCAGGGAGGGACAAGGCUGCUGCUAUUAGAACCCAUUCUGGAGCCCCAUCUCUGAACCACCUCCUAACAGCCACCACUUAGGCUGGAGGAAGCAGGUGUUUGAUUUGUUACUGUUAAGAGCUUGGAUAUGUAUAUGGUGUGUGUGUGUGCGCGCAAGAGACUGUAAAUGCGCAGGUGGGUAUUUAAUCUGUAUUAUUCUGUUCUCCUUGGAACUUUCUUCCCCAUGGGGCUGGGGUUACUUUAAUUCAAUAAACACUGUUUGACCCAG